AUUAGAACCAAACCCCACACACUGGUUACUUGUUCACUCUUUUCUGUUACCAUUAUAAUCAUCAUCAUCAGAGAACAACUCUCCAUAAUCUCUGACGAAUCAAAAAAAAAAAACGCGGCAUUACAUCACCAUUAUUAAUACAUCCAUACAGAAAAUUUUGAGAAUUUGCAAAUACUUUUUCUGACAUCGCGCUUCCUACUAUCUUUUUUGCCCACUGCUUUUUGCCUCAACUUGUUUACUGUCUUGACCCCAUUUAUCUUGGGAUCAUCAAUUACAACACCCUCUCUCCGAUCUCAUAAAAAUCACUCGUACGUUGCUCUUAUUCACUCUCUUCAACGUUGUUUGUCUGUUUUUUUUUUCCAUCUCUCUUCAGUUUCCAUAUCUAGAAAUAAUAUUACAGAGAAGAAUUGAAGCAAAGAAUGGGGAAAACUGGUAGAGAUUGGGGACAGAUCUAUUCAAUAUACGGAAUCGACGAUUGGCACACACCAAUAUUCCUACUAAUCCAUGCUAUUUUCUUCUCUAUACUUUCUCUCCUUUUCCUAAUAUAUUUCGAACACAUAUGUUAUUUCUUCCAACAUUUCUUACCUAGUUCUAGCGCCGCCCGUUUCGCCGCCGGUUUUACCGGCGCCGUGACGGCGCUCUCCGCCGUGUGCCUGUUCUUCGCCGGCGGCAACAUUUUUUACUCUUCCGUUUCACUUCAUUGGGAAAUGGCACAACGUAUGGUCAACGCCGUUAGUGAUUGGUCUUCCGUUAAGCAUGCACUUGACCUUGGCUGUGGACGCGGUAUCCUCCUCAACGCUGUUGCUCUACAGUUGAAGAAAUCCGGGUCGUCGGGUCGGGUUGUCGGGUUACAUCCAACACCGACACGGUCUCUAUCCACUCUCCGCACUGCUGGGCUUGAAGGUGUCCAGGAGUACGUCACGUGCCGGUCAGGUGACCCAAGAAGGCUUCCAUUCAGCGAUAACUACUUCGACGUGGUGGCGUCGGCGGCAUUUGUGCAUACAGUGGGUAAGGAGUUCGGGCAGAAGACGGCCGCAGCGGCAGCGGAGAGAAUGAGGGUGUUGGGUGAGGUGGUGAGGGUGUUGAAACCAGGUGGGGUUGGGGUAGUGUGGGAUCUAGUGCAUGUGCCUGAGUAUGUGAAGAGACUCCAAGAAUUGAAGGUGGAAGAUAUUCGGGUUUCGGAGCGGGUCACUGCUUUUAUGGUUAAUAGCCACGUGGUGUCGUUUACUAAGCCAAGUCAGCAUUUUGUGGGGGCCAAUGAAGUUAGACUGGAUUGGAGACUCAACAAUCUUUGUUGAACAAACAUACCUUCGUUUAAUUAACGAAUCGGGUCCGGAGAGUAUAAAGUAUACGUAAAUCUGGUUCGUACUUUGUGGAAAUAGAGAGACUGUUUUUGGAAGAUUCUCGGCUCAGACUGCAAUGAAAGUUGCUGGAAAUAUAUUCCCGUGAAAAAAAAGGGUAAUAUAGGAAAUAUAGUAGCAUAUGAAAGUCAAUAUGGUGAUAAGUUAUGGGUUCUGUUUUGUACUUUUUGUAAAUCUUUGAGGGGCCUUUAUGGCAAUCUGGGGAAGCGAAGUGGAACCAGAUGAAAUAAAUGAUAAGUAUAAUAUCUACUACAGUAGAAGAUAAGAAUAUAGUAUGGUUAGUUCAGAUUUGGAAAUGCAGAGAAUGGCAUGUAUAGGGAGUGUUAUUUUCCCCAUUUUAAUGAGGGAUGUUAAGUUUGUUCUUAUUUAGCUUGUAAUUUGUACAUUAUGUUUUUGAUAUAUGAAUCUAAUUAAUAGUGCUACUAGAGUUAAUUA